AUGCGUGUGCAACUUGACGGAUACAGACUGACGAACCUCGGCUACGAUUACCUGGCAUUGAUAUCCCUUGCUCUUCACGGCACCGUACUCUCUGUAGGCAAUCAGAUCGGCGUAGGAAAAGAGUCCGCGAAUGAUGAACAACAUGAGGAUUUGGUGCUCAAGUUGCAUCGUUUGGGCCGAACGUCAUUCCGAAAAUUAAAGGAAAAGCGCGACUAUCACAAAAGAAGGUCGCACAUAUCUUGGCUGUACUUGUCUCGCCUAGCUGCCACUAAGGAAUACGCGUUUAUGAAGGUCCUGUACGAUCAUGAAUUUGCAGUUCCAAAGCCAGUCGGACAUAAUCGGCAUUGCAUUGCGAUGCAGUUGGUGAAGGGGCAUUGCUUGUGUAACGUGCAUCACGUCGAUCAUCCGGAUAAACUUUACAACCAGCUGAUGGAGAUAAUUGUUCGACUAGCUGAACAUGGGCUCAUUCACGGCGAUUUCAAUGAAUUCAAUAUAAUGCUCUCCGAUGAUGAUCAACCGGUACUGAUUGACUUCCCACAGAUGAUUUCGACGUCUCACGAAAAUGCUGAAUGGUAUUUCGAUCGGGAUGUUAAAUGCGUGGUGGAUUUUUUCCGUAAAAGGUUCAGUUACGAAUGCGACUUCUGUCCUGAAUUUGAUGACAUCGAGAGAAAAUUCAGUUUGGACGUCGAAGUGAACGCCAGCGGAUGCCAGCGAAAGUCUCGACUGUCAGAUGAAGAAAAGGUAUAUCAAUGUAAAUGCUAAGA